UUAGUUCCUUACCCGGCGAAUCAAAUCAAACCAUUACUUCUCGUCCGUGAUAUUGAAAAAAGAAUGGCUUCGACGGAGCAGCCUCUAAAGAAGCGAAAAUUAUUCGAAGCUCCACCGCCGCCCCCACCGUCACAGCCGCCACCACCGCCUCCUCCUCCACCACAGGAGGGUUUCCCACCACCGCCUCAAACUCCACCUCAAUUACCGCACGAAGAAAUCUUGCGACGGCGGAGAAACCAGGAAGAAGUUCGGAAUGUCUACGAGAAUUACAAAACCAUUAAGCGUUGUAUGUCCUCGGGCAGUAACCCUCGUCACAUGCCAGAGCUUGAGCAAGCAUAUCUUUCUCUCAUUUCUGCUUCCAGGGGUUGUGCAAGUGUUAAGCGUAUUUUAUCUGAGUUCAUUCCUCGGUAUGGUUCAUUCUGCCCUACGGCUCUUGAAGCUGCUGGACAAGUUGUAAUUAAUAUGCAUAAUUGGAGCGUGCCUGUGAUUAGCAGAGGUGAGGAUGUUGAUGGGGUUUCGUUUGAGACUGCUAAGAAUUGUGUUACUGGCUUGGUUGAUAUCUGCUGUACUGCCUCAAUAGAGGCACCUUCGUCAUCUGUUAUCCGAGGCAUCUGCUCUGCUGUGUUUCUUAAUGUUGUUACCUUCUUUGCAUCAUCAAUUGAUGGGAAAGAUAUAUUUCAAAUUAUAGAUAAAGAAUGCCUUAAAAUGCAAGGCUCUGAAGAAAUAUAUCUUCAGCUAAAGCAGAGCAUUUUAGAGGAAGAUGUAUCUCCACUACUUAAAUUGUUGAAGAUCCGAGCUUUAUGUCUUCUUAGGAUCUUUUUUCUUUGCCCUAAAGAUUUUCUUGCUGCUUGCUUUGAGCUCUUCAGUACUCAUGCAGCAGAUGGAUUUUGUGGAGAAGGAAAAUACUUUCUCAAGCAGCUGUGCUUUGCACUGAACACUGAUGAUGACCCUUAUUUCUCCAGUGUGAAUGGAGAAGGUGCUGAGCCUCAAGCUAACAUAGGUUGCAAGGAAUCAGAUGCUUUAAAAGAGAAGGAUAGUGGCAAAAGGCCAGAGUCUGCCGGUGAUCAUUUGCAUGGAAACAAAAAAAGUUUAUUAAAAAUCUGCUUGCUGGGAUUGGUUCUUUACACAGAUCAUUCCUUAAAGAAGUGGAUAUUAUCUAGGUACCAGAGGCUGCAGAAAUCUGCAUGUUCUGAAGCUGUGUCUCAGGUCACCAGCGCUUUUCAGGGAAUCUUUGACUCUUUUAAUGAACAAGUCCAAGAAGUCAUAGAAGAUAGUGAUGAAGGAGGUUCAGAUUCAGCCAAAUUCGUUAGCAAACAUUACAUGGUACAUGAGAUCUCAAACCAACACAGGCUUCUUUAUGAAGCAUCUGGAAAAGAUUCUUUCCAAAUUCAUGAUAAAUCGUACAAGGAUGAGUUGGCAAAUAAAAUAUCUGGGCAGUUUUUGAGACGACAUAGCUCUAUGGUGUCACUUGAAAGUGAUCACCACUUAAAUCCUAGCUCUAAUCAUGAUAGUGGAGGCUCCAAGUGCAUGGAACUCGGUAGGAAGGGGCAGGGAGAUAUGUGCCAUGGAUGGUUUCCCAUGACUAAAGACCACCUUGGUGACCAGUUGCUCUCUCCCCUGUCUGGAAAACCAUCUCAAAUCAAGAUGGAUCCUUUUGAACAGCAAAAUCAGGCAGUCCAAAAUGAGAAAAAUCAAGCUUUGAAUGUAAAUGCCUCUAGAUUCUCUUGUGUUCUGGCAGGUAAUUCUAUUUUCGGAAGCAAUACAGGCGUGCCUUACUCAUCGGCAUCAAAUCAAACCAUUUGGUUUUCAGAUGGAGACCCUCAAGCAAUGGAUGUAUUUUCUGCUUCUAGACACCUCUGGUUAGGUUCUCUGUCCUCUGACACAUCUGAGGCUGCAGUAAGAUUUGAGCUUGAGAAAUUUGGCCCUGUAGAUAACUUCUCAUUUUUUCCAGUCCAAAGGUUCUCACUGGUUGAGUAUAGAAGCUUAUUUGACGCCAUUAAGGCCCGGGAAUUUAUGCGUAGAUAUUCUCCCUGGGGUUAUCCGGUUCGUGUAAAAUUCGUCGAUAUAGGGUUGGGAACAAGAGGAGCAGUCAAUGGUGUGGCCAUUGGCUCAAGCUGUCAUGUAUAUUUGGGAAAUUUGUUGAACCAAUGGAUGAAGGACGAGAUUAUGCGUGAAACAUUGAAGGUGAUUGGUAGAGGGCCACGUCUGGUUUCUGAACUGUCCAGUGAAGCUGCAUUACUCUUGGAGUUUGAGACUCCUGAAGAGGCUGCGAAUGCGAUGGCAUGCAUUAGGCAGUUUCGUAGAGGGGCAGCUGGUGCUGGAGUUGAUAUGUCCAGAUCCAAUCCUAGCUUUUGGAAUGUGGGUCCUGCUCCUGUCAGCAAUACCUUUGGGAUGUGCAACAUUAUACUCGGUUCCCCUCAUGUUCAAACAGCUGGAAGCCCAUCUAACAGGAUUCACAAUGCUACUUUACCUUUUACGAUGAAACCUGAAAGUAUUCCUCCAGAAUUUCCAUCGCCUAAAACAAGCUUUGAGAAGCAGGGAUUUUUGCGAGGAGGACAGGUCUCACAGUUGAGUAAUGCUGCUUCUGGUUGCAUAGAUAUGCGGGGAUUAGGGAGCAGUAAAGGUAUGUCCGGACAAUUGUGGUUACAUAGAAAACCAGAGCCUGAUUUGCAAACUGCAGGCGGAACUAUUACUUGCACAUCUAUAUCACUCCAGGGACCUAUAAAUGCACCACCUCAGCCUCUUCAAACUCCACCAUGCAUUCGACCUGUCUAUCCACCACCCACCAGUUCCUGGGAUGCACAUAAUUUGAGCUAUCACAUGUCUCUAAAUCCAAUUCCUGUGAAUGUCAUGCCUACUAAUAUACAUAGUAAUUCCAUUCCCUCUCCUUUUGUUCAAGCUUCAGUAACCCCAUUGUCACAAAUAUCAGGAAGUGGUAUACAGCAAUUUAGUCAAAUGGUGCACCAGGCAAUUGUACCCCCAUUUUUACCAUCAAUGCCGCCGCCUCAACCUGAUAUACCACACCCCUUCCCUCCACCACCUAUGGUCCCUCCUCCUCCCUGUUCUCCCCCGCCACCUCCACCCCCACCUGCUAUGGACCCACCCCCUCCUACUACUGAACCUUCCAACAUGACAAGUGCAGUAGGCGGUACGCAGAUUCAAUGGCAGGGUACAUUAUCGAAAAGUGGAGUUCAUUACUGCAAUAUUUACGCACAUAGGGUUGAUUCAGAUGUUUGUAAAUAUUCAAAAUCUGUUUCUGAGCCUGCUGGGUGGCCUGGAAAGCUGGACAUGACAAAACGAACAGAUUUUCGCCAUGUUAAGGCUACAUUCACCAACACCCCAUCAUCCAGAAGGGAGGUAUGCCUGCUUGUACCAUCUUCAGCUGCUGAUCAUAAAGGAUUUCAGGACUUCAUUACGUACCUGAAGCAAAGAGAGUGUGCUGGAGUUAUUAAGAUCCCAGCCACAAAAACUGUAUGGGCAAGGCUGAUUUUUAUCCUUCCAUGCUUACCGGAGGCUUGUUCAAUGCUUUCUAUAAAGCCGAAUACCCCUGAUUGCCUUAUCACUGUAGUUUUGCCAAAGGAAGCAAAUUCGGAAUGUGCAUGAUGUAUGUUUGAAAGCUAAUAUUCAACCUGAAAUUCAACAAAAUUGCUGAUAAUGCAGUAUCUGGAGCUCAACUUCAACUGUAUAUUAAUCGUGAAGCUCAACGUGUGAUAUAUUUAUGUUCUUAGUUAUUGCACAGUAAAUAAUGAAUUUUUGGAGCAGAGAUGUUAGAAAUGUUAAUGUUCUUGGAUUUUUCUACUAUGAUCAUAAUAUAAAUGACCAUUGCUUAGAAUUAAUAUCGGACACACAAAAUUCUUUUCUUUUAUCGUUAAAUUUAAUAUAAAUGAUACUCCCUCCGUCCCA